AUGCCACCUCACCAUGGCACCGACAGCAACAACGCAUUCUUUCCGUCGCCGCAUGGUCCCUCGCUCGAAGGCGUAGCCGCAUUGCUCGCCUCGCCUGCCACACGCAACGUCGUCGUGCUCGCCGGCGCAGGCAUCUCCACAUCCGCCUCCCCACCCAUCCCCGACUUCCGAUCGCCCGGCACAGGUCUCUACUCGAAUCUGGCGCAGUACAAUCUGCCUUAUGCAGAAGCGAUCUUUGAUAUCGGCUACUUCCAGCGCAAGCCGCAGCCGUUCUUCACGCUCGCCAAGCAUCUGUAUCCGGGCAACUUCAAGCCUGCGCUGGCGCACUACUUUUUGGCGCAGCUGCAGGCGCGCAACAAGCUGCUGCGCGUCUUCACCCAGAACGUGGAUACGCUCGAGCGCAUCGCUGGCGUAAGCGCGGAACGCAUCGUCGAAGCCCACGGCAGCUUUGCCACUUCCACGUGCAUCGCAUGCAAGCAUCGUGUGGACCCGGAAUGGAUCAGGACUAAGGUCGAGAAGGGAGAGGUGGCAAGGUGUCCACGACCGAAAUGUCCCGGUCGGAAGAGGGGCGGGGGCGGACUGGUUAAGCCGGACAUUGUAUUCUUUGGCGAGAGUCUACCGUCGAGAUUCUUCCGAUGCAUUCCGGAUCUCAAGAAGGCGGAUUUGUUGAUAGUGAUGGGUACGUCGUUGCAGGUACAGCCGUUUGCAUCGCUCAUCGAUGCCGUCCCCGCAGACUGUCCACGUGUGCUGCUCAACCUCGAAAAGGUCGGCGAGAUCGCCAGCUCGGAUGGCUAUGCGGGCGGUAGCAUGGGCUCGACCAUGUUUGCGGAAUCGGGAUUCGAUUUCGACGGCCUCGCGUACGGCGGCAGACGAAGCACGCGCGAUGUCUUUUGGCAGGGCAAGGCUGACGAUGCAGUACAAAAGCUCACGCAACUCAUGGGUAAAGAGUGGCACGAAGAGCUGCAAAACCUCAAGUCCGAGGGGCAUCGAAGCUUAGACGACGCCAAGCCGACCCGGACAGAGGCGGAGGAACCAGAAAAGUCCAAGCCAUCCGCUAAAGAGGUUCAAGCUGCAGACAAGACUAGCACAGAGUCAGACGAGGUCGACCAACUUGCCGCCGACCUCGGGUCGAAAGCCAAGCUCAAGCCCGAGCCCGAGCCAGAUCCAUCUUCAACCAACGAUGCCAAGAAGGAGUAG